UGUCAAAGGUCAUCCCGGCGUCCCGUGCGCAUGUGUAGGUGUAUUUUCGUCGUUUUUGAACUCCAAGCGAACCGGCAUAUGCCUACUACUAGUAUUUGCAGACCAGAGCACUUGUGGAUUCACCCUGUGGACUUAUUCGACAAUCAAGACUAAGUUCUGAGAUGGGCAGGCACAAGGACGACAGCGACUCGGAUUCCAACGUCUCGAGCUCCUCAGGGUCCGACUCGGAGGAGGAGCAACUCAAGAAGAGCAAGAAGACGAAACAGGACACCCCGGCCAGCGUCAAGAAGGCGCUGAAGAGAGAGAAGAAACGCGAGAAGAAGAAGUCCAACAAGGAGAAAAUCUCCAUGGACGAUUUUUACAGCCGCAACGCGGAGUUCAGGUCAUGGCUGCAUGAGAAGAAGGGGAAAUACUUCGACCAGCUGAAGUCUCCGCAGGCCAAGAAGCUGUUCAAGAAGUUUGUGAAGAAGUGGAACAAGAAGAAGCUGGACAAGAAGUACUACAAGGGGAUGGACAACCUGGACACGAGCGCCUCGUCCAAGACGAACUACAAGUGGAAGUUUACGUCCACCCUGAGCAGUGCUGACUCGGACAGAGUGGCGGGCACGCGCUCCCAGGUUCGCAGCUGGAGCGGGAGCCAGGACGAACUUGACCAGCACAACGCGUCCGGCACCAGCGGGUUCUCUACGUUCGGAAAGUCUCCCGCGCCGGCCGAGAGAAGUUUCUCCAGUUUCUCCAGAACGCCGAGUCAGCAUCAGGGCGGCGAGCGCCUGAUCGGGCCGGUGAUCGGACCCAUGCCUCCUCCCCCACAGGAAUCCCCGACGGGCAGACCUGCAGUCCAGGCACACAAGCGGCCGUCGCCCGCCGCAAGCGCACCGGCACAGGACGAGUCCUACCUGAUGGGCGGAGACAACUUCCUGGCCAAGAUACAGGCCAAGAAAAGAAAGCUUGAGGAGAAGAGGCAGAAGCAGAUCCAGGCUGCGUCUGAGAAAGUCCGCGAGCACCAGGCUAAGGAGAAGGAGAAGAUGCAAGCUCUACUGGAGAUGGCCCGCAGUAAUCGCCAUGAAAACUCACUCUGGAAGGACGCAAAGAAGUCUUAAAGAUGCCACAACAAAACUUCACAGUUACAUUGUUAUUUGUAUAUAGAACUUGAGGCUGUAGUCAGUAAGGACGAAACUUGUAGGUUUGGAAUUUUAUGGCUCGCAGUAAUCGCCACGAAAACUCACUCUGGAAGGACGCAAAGAAAUCACAACAAAACUCAAGUUACAUU